AUGAAGAAGUGUCUAAUAUUGCUAUUGAUAUUGAAAUUGACCUUGGAAGCCAUGGCCUGGGAUGUGGUACUAGCUAAUCAAACUGAUCUUUAUCAAUACUUCAACCUAGUAAGAUGUUUAUCUGCUAAUGAACCCACGUCUAAUACUACAAUCGGAUUGGACCAUGACAAUAUUCUUUGCUUAGGUAUCACAGCUCAAGAUCCUGACCAAGCAAGAUAUGUGUUCCGCAGAUGCUAUAAGACAUAUGCUAAUAAAACCAUGAUGUUUUACAACGUAAAUAAUCCAGAUGAAAACGUCAUUCAACCUGUUCACAUAACAGAAACUCUUGAUGGUCAUGAGAUGUUCAAAAAUUGCGAAAGACCACGGUUUCCUGGUACUAGAGAUAUUGAAUCCCUGCAAGCUAACAAUUUCCAGUUAUCUUCAAAUACAAUAUUUAGUGUGUAUGGUUUAUAG